UUUCAAGCUAUAAGCAGACAACCUCCGGGCCUUCGUGAAACGGAAGGCUACCACAUUGGAUACAUGAUGGAUUACAGCAUAACGCACUCAACCAAAGCUCUAGUUUUAAUUAAUCUGGGGUGUCGCGGUUGCGUCUUUACCGACAUGUACACUAUCUAUUCCUUAUUUUCCCUAAAGAGUUUUAAACUGCUAUAUAUUUUGAUCAAAGACUUCAGUGCGUGUUCGGAACUUAUUCCAACUGAGACAGGUCAUCGCCUAGUGCGCCUGCCGGUACUUAUGCCGGUUUGCCGGCAGUUGUUGGUGGUUAACUGCACCAUAGUAAACGCUGUCUCCUGUUCCAACCACUUCGACCGCGAUGAGCGUCUAAUAUCUAGCGAUGUCUUACUUUCGAAAAAGCUCGACGUUACGGUUCCUAGGAUGUCGUUUGAUUGUUCAGCUAAUGCCGGCGAAAUCCUGCGAUGCUUCAUGGAUAUUCUAGAGAAUUCUCUGCCACCAGCAGAUUCCAUUAAGCAACGAGUGAAGCAGCAGCAUCAGCUGAUGAUGGAAACGGUACCUUACCCAGAUGGCUGGCUCAAGUUUCGAAAACUGUUAAAGAGGCACACGUUUACACGACCCGUGGAAAAUGAUAAUGAUGCAUUUUGGGAUAAUUUGGAUUUAAGACGUUUCGAGGAUCUGCCGCUUAGCCGCUAUAUUCUGCACUUGAUCAAUUUUAAUAAUGAUUUGCCUCUAGAAGAUGUUCAUCCCUUUUGAAAUUAUUAUGGGAACUACUGUUCACGAAGAUGCACUUUUUAAUAGAAGCACACACCUUACCAUUAACCUUAUCAGUCGCCAAUCUCGCCAUGUGGCUAUAAAUGCCGUUCGAGGUGGUAUCGUACAGAGGGACCGAGCCUCCGAGACACGCUUUGCUUUGUCGUUCGU